CUGCGUCUCAUCAAUCUCCUCUUCCAGUUUGGUCAUCUAUCCGAGAUCCGCGACCUGAUUCGCGAGGGUCUGGGCAAGAUCCGUCUGCAGAAUUGGUUGGUGGUGCUGCAGCAACUGCUGGCACGCAUAGACACCCCUUUGGAGCAUGUGGCCAACAUCAUUGUCGACCUGUUGGUUGCAGUGGGCCGUCGCUACCCACAGGCCUUGAUCUUCUCCCUCGUGCUGGCCUUCAAAUCGGGCGGUUCUGAUCGACGUCGGUACUAUGCCAACAAGAUCCUCUACAGCAUGGAAGAGCACAGUCAACAGUUGGUGUCCGAGGCCUUUCUGGCAAGUUUAAUUUUAGUUUUAUUAAGGAACACCUAG